AUGGCUGUCGGCAGGGCUGCAUCCGGACGAGUACCAGAUGACGAAGCCGCUCCCGCGUCAGAUACUUUACACACCUGGGAGCGAAGAGUACAAAGCACGAAGGAGAUUGAGGAGAGCCUUCAGAAGGCGCUUGUGGAAUAUAUGCGAAGGCCAGAAGACCUUGGCACUAUUCCUGGGAGCGACGAUGUGGCGGCGUGUUUGACCCGUGCAUUGGAUGCUGUGCGCAGCGCCUCUGCCUCUACACAAAAAGAGAUCGUCGAAAAAUACCUCAAGAAUGUGUUGGAAGCUUCCGAGAAAAACAGCCCCGCCCUGCUUCUGGAGGAUAUGGUCAAAAGAGUGCAGGCAGCGGCGCCCUCCGAGGAGGAUACCAAUCCGGAGAAGGAGGAAGCUCAAAGCGCGAGAAGUGCUCUUCUGGUGGCCGUGCUGGAGGGCUUUACAGCCAGGAUCAAAGCUUUAGAGCAUCUCAGGCUGGUGGAAGCAGCUGGAUGUAACGAGCAAGCGAAGUUGGAGAAGCAAAAGCCCAAGGAGAGUGUAGGGCUCGCGCAGUUGCUGAGGAAGGUACAGGGGAUCCCUGAAGAGGAUGUUGAGGCAGCAGCGCAGCAGGUGGAAUCGGUCGGCGCCUCCGUUCCAGCGUUGAAAGCGCAGCGGCUCAUCAGCCAUAUCCAUUUUUCAAGGGAAAAGCUUGCGGAGGACUUGAAGGUGGCUGCUGCGCUCUUAUGCCCUCUAAACGACGCAAAAGAUGAAACAGUGGAAGAGUUGUUCAGACCCCUUGACUCGCAUGCUGUAUCUCUCUUGCGGCAGCAUACUACGUUGAAGGGCCGAGAAAAUGCAAUGCUUACGGCAGAAUUAGAAAGCUACCGAUUUGUCCGGGGUAUGAUGAAGUCCCUGGAGACCAAAGGGCAGGGCAAGGAUUUCCUGAAAAAAGUCUUUGAAUCCCUAUCUGGAAUUCAUCGGCUCGGCAGGGUGCGCAGAGCCGGGGCAAUCCAGCGCCCCGACUUUUGGGAGUUUCUCAGAUAUAACUGGACAGCAGAAGCCCACGAAAAGCUGUGCGAACUCAUCGAAGAACACAGCCAAAGCUCUGAGAAACUGGAAUUAUCCAACCGGUCUUAUCUGAUAGCUAGCGCUAGGGAAUGCCUUAGUCCCUCUGGCCCAAAAGUUGAGGAAGUGGACGUAUUGCUGCUCCAAAUGGCAAUAGCUCUUCUUUGA